AUGAUACAGUUCUUGAAAGAUAAUUUUAUACCUAGAAUACCCAAAGAAAACUUUUCAAGAGUUGAAGAAACUAAUGAGUAUGUGGGGAACUCCGAGGGGUUGAAAAAAAGCAAGGAAGAUGAAGAAGUUUCAAUUUAUUCAAAAUCAUCAGCUUUAACAAAUGAUGCUGAGCACCUACAUAGAUCUUUGAAGAAUGAACAAAUUCAAUUAAUUUCAGUUAGUGGAGUUAUUGGUUCAGCCCUUUUCGUUGCUAUAGGUAAAGCUUUAGCCAAAGGGGGACCAUUAUCUUUAUUAUUGGCAUUCAUAAUUUGGUCUGUUCCUAUAUUGUUCAUCACUGUAUCCACUGCAGAAUUUGUGAGCUAUUUACCCAUAACUUCACCAUUUAUUAGAAUGGCUGGAAGAUGUUGUGAUGAAGCUUUACAAGUUAUGGCAGCUUGGAAUUUUUGGUUCCUUUGUUGUGCUCAAAUACCUUUUGAAGUAGUUACUGUGAAUUCAAUUGUUCAUUUUUGGAGAGAUGAUUAUUCUCCUGGUAUAACAUUAGCUGUUCAAGUUGUAUUAUAUUUUUGUAUAAAUUUAUUCGAAGUAUCAGUUUAUGGAUACAUUGAAUUUGGUUUAGGUUUGGGUAAAAUCAUUUUAGCUGUAGGGUUAAUUUUAUAUAGUUUCAUUACUAUGGUAGGGGGAAAUCCUCAACACGAUGUUUAUGGAUUUAGAUAUUGGAAAAAUCCUGGUCCGUUAGCUGAAUAUAUCACAACUGGGGACCUUGGUAGAUUUGAAGGUUUCCUUGCAUGUUUAAUUCAAGCAUGUUUUACUAUGGCAGGACCAGAAUAUUUAUCUAGUGUUGCAUCAGAGACUAUAAAUCCAAGAAAAGUUUUACCUUCAGCGUUCAAACAAGUGUUUUGGAGAUUGGCUAUCUUUUUCAUUGGUGGUGCGUUAUCAGUUGGUAUAAUUAUUCCAUACAACGAUCCAAUUCUUUUAGAAACUUUGGGUGCAAGUAAACCUGGGGCAGGAUCAUCACCUUACGUUAUUUCCAUGCAAAAUUUAGGAAUUUCUGUAUUACCACACAUUGUAAAUGUUUUGUUAUUGACUUCAGCUUUCUCUGCUGGUAAUUCAUAUACUUAUUGUUCUUCUAGAACAUUAUAUGGGUUUGCGUUAGAAGGAUACGCACCAAAAUUUUUGACUGCUACAACCAAAACAGGUAUUCCAAUUUAUUGUGUCUUGAUCUCCUUAGCUUGGGCUUUCUUGAGUUUCUUACAAUUGGGAUCAGGAUCUGCAGAAGUAUUGAAUUGGAUUAUCAAUUUAAUCACGUCCUGUCAAUUACUUAAUUUUUCAGUCUUAUGUCUAACUUAUGUCUGUUUUUAUUAUGCGGUUAAAGCUCAAGGUAUUGACAGAAAUUCAUUCCCCUUCAAAGGUUGGUAUCAACCAUGGUUAGCUAUCAUUGGAGGUGUUCUGUCAUUUGUGAUGAUUUUUGUUAGUUCAUACUACGUGUUCUUACCAGGAGCUUGGGAUUAUCAAUCUUUCUUAUUUUCCUACUUACUUUUGUUCAUCGACUUGGGUGUGUUUGUAUUAUAUAAGCUUAUCAAAAGAACCAAAUGGAGGAAAUCAUCUGAAGUCGAUUUGAAAACUGGAUUAAGAGAAAUUGAAAAUCAUGAAGCUGCUUAUUAUGACCAAUUGGAAAAAGAAGGUAAAUUAAAUAGACCUCCAACGUUCAUGAGGAAAAUAUUAUUCGUAUUAUUCGGUAGUACAAUCAAGAAGUAA